AUGUGCCGUUCUUUCCCGGCAGAUAACGUCACCCUGCAGAUCGAUGGCGUGCUCUAUCUGCGGGUCAUGGACCCUUACAAGGUGGAGGCAGAGCGACGGAAGCGGGCGACAGUGCUGGAGUCGGAGGGCACCCGGGAAUCUGCCAUCAACGUGGCCGAGGGGCAGAAGCAGGCCCAGAUCCUGCACGGCAGCCCCCCCGCCUCUCUCUCUGUGGCCGAGCAGUACGUGAGCGCCUUCUCCAAACUGGCCAAGGACUCCAACACGGUCCUGCUGCCAGCCAGCACCGGCGACGUCACCAACAUGGUUGCGCAGGCGCUGGGCAUCUACAGCACGCUGACCAAGCCGCAAGCCCUGAAGACCCAGGACGAGAAGCCUCCAGCCCCCAAGGACCCGCAGGUGCCCAGCACGGAGGUGCCGAAGGCGGAGCAGGGGAACUCCAGCUAGCA